AUGGCCAGUGGCAGCCACUUCUAUCAAGAACAGUGCAUGACUUUUGGAAGACCUGCGAGUGGAUUACAGCUGGCUGCGGUGAUCGGCAGAAGUUUCAUCAUCCACGAAAUCAUGCCAGAACUUAAAGCUUGAAUACAGCAUCAUAAAUCCUCGGAUGUACGUUGUGCAACCUUCUCCUGGCCAAAGGCUGUUCCGGGCUUUAGUCUUUGUCAACUUUAGCGAGUACCACACAUGCCACAUAUGCAAAUAAACAGCAGCCUUGGCAGGCGACCGGUCGUAGGAAGGAAGGCUCAAAAACGGUGUACCUAUCGUUUAUACUCUUUGGACUUCGUGCCCUAUGAUUGCACACGUUCAGCCACAAGACGCCAUGACCAGCGCAGAAACCAAGUCCAUUUACAUUCGAGACUUACCUCCCCCUUUGGACAUAACGAGCCAUCGAGAUCCUCUUGCAACGAGCAUGUCCUUCCAUCUUCCAACAUUUCUCCAGCUCAGAAGUGAGCCAGCCAACGGAUCCGGCGUUUGCAAUGUCAUAACAUCUUCCGAUGGACAUCUCAAACUUAGUGCUACUAUGUCUGCCGAAAAAGUUCAAACGGAGAGGUAUAACAAAAGGAAGUUCAUUCCGAGAAACACUAAGAAUUACAUCAUCCCGUGUAUGACGACGGAUCCUAUCAAGAGACCAGUUCCUCCUGGUUGGCAAAUUUACAUUCAUCCUGAAGGCUGCCUCUAUUACUGUUAUGACAGUGUGGUGGAUUUUCACGGGUAUUCAAGGAGAAUUCACAUCAUAACUCAGGCGGAUCUCGUUCAUGACGGCAUUGCUGAGACAAUCGAGAACCUUGCAAAGCUCGCCUACAGUCAUGCCUAUCAAUAUCCUUCUUUCCCGGUGAACGUAGACCUCGUGUUGGAACUUAUGGACGUCAGAGAAACCAUUACAGCAGGCUAUUAUUUUGUGCACCACGAGAACAGGUGUCUGUUCUGGUUGCAGGACUUCAAUGCCACCGGCAUCUUACGGGAAUGUUGUGGGGUCACCGAACUUUCUCAUAUCCAAAUCGAGUUGGAGGCUCAGUACUGUCGAGGCAUGGUGACUGCUCACGCAAGUAGGAAACAUAUCGACCUGUUUCCGCACACAAGUUCUCUCCACUCUCAGGCCCUUCAACAGUUGCAGCAGAUCAUCCGUUUUGCGAUAAGCGAUUGCAUGACUUCGGAGGUGUCGGCGGUCUGCGCGUUCAGCAUUGAUGUCCUCAAGAACACUCUGGAUCUCAUCAAAGAUGUGGAUGUGGAGAACGAUUGGGUUCAGUCGGCACAUGACAAAUGUUUCAUUGCGAGGAUGAUGAACCAUUUUAGACACUGUCAAUACCUCAACUAUCACGGGCAGCAAGGCGCGCGGCUCUCCCGAGAUCAGACUGUACACGACGACUCCUACGAGGAGCGGUCCAUGAUGAUGAGAUGUCUUGCACCCUUACUCUUCAAUGCCCCUUAUGAGCACGUCCGCUCUCUUCACAAACUCUACGUCGACUCCAUAGUUAAUCAGCUCGACUGGCGCACCUUCGUUCAGAAGCUGAACGCCGAGAUGCAGGACUUCAAUCUGCUUGCGACAGUGCUCUUGAGUGUCAAUGUUGGUUUUCUAGCGAUUCAGAGCGUAGAUCACGGUAGGGGACAUUCUUUGUCACAGGUCGCGAGCUAUGUUUCUGUGAUCUCAAGUUUUGGGAGCAUGCUGCUUGGUGUGAAUAUUGCGAGACAAAGCUACACGCGAGGUCCAGACAUGGUUGAUAACGCGCAAGCACGCCUGGAGAGCUUAGUGCACCCAAAGCACGGCCUCGAGACGCUUGCAAUCAUAUACAGCCUACCGUAUGCUUUACUCAUGUGGGGGAUGAUAUUUUUCGUGCUUGCAUUCUUUACUGAAUGUUUUCGUAACUCGAGCGCGGUCCCUGUGAGUGUGGCGGCACUUAUUGUGCUGGUGCUUGUCGGAUGGUCUUGUUACACGUUGGGAGACAGUGUGGAGCGUGGGCACUUGUUUGGCAGCGUGAUUACGGCAGUACAGUGGAUCAAGAAUCUACCCAGAUGGGUGGUGAAGCCGAAUGACAAAGAAUCAGCUGGGAGUGCAUUGAGCUAUGGUGGGAAAUUCCGCUGGACGUUCAAGUUGCCUGGACCGUUGAACUAGUAACCCUGUCGGUUUACAUUAUUCUGAAUGCAAUACUAUUUCGUGAAUCUCGAAUUUUGUUUUGGGUGU